AUGUCCACUGAAUUGAACGUUCAAGCUGAAAGAGCUUUCCAAAAGGUUAACAGACGUACUAAGAGAUGGUACAAGAAUGUUGGUUUGGGUUUCAAGACUCCAAAAGAAGCCAUUGAAGGUCAUUACAUUGACAAGAAAUGUCCAUUUGUUGGUGAUAUUUCUAUCCGUGGUAAGAUUUUGACCGGUACUGUUGUUUCUACCAAAAUGCAUCGUACUAUUGUCAUCAGAAGAGACUACUUGCACUACGUUCCAAAGUACAACAGAUACGAAAAAAGACACAAGAACGUUCCAGUCCACGUUUCUCCUGCUUUCCGUGUUCAAAUUGGUGAUAUCGUUACUGUUGGCCAAUGUAGACCAGUCUCUAAGACCGUUAGAUUCAAUGUUUUGAAGGUUGCUGCUGCCUCUGGUAAAGCCAACAAGAAAUUCUCUAAGUUUUAA